AAACAAAGAAAGGCCAGAAAUAAUGAAACUUGUCAUUCUCUCCAUCUGAUUUUUUGUUUGUUUAAUUCUCCAUUUGAGUCCACUCCUCAAAGAAGAAGAGAAUUAACGCCGCGUUUGGAUAAACUCAAAAAAAAUAUGGCUUCUGCUUUACAAAUUUCUUCUCAGUACAGUAAAAUUGCUCUUUGUUCUUUAUUUCCUGUUUUUCCAAAUUUUAGAAAACCAAACAAGGCACUAAAUUCAGUUACCUCAAAUUCCAAAAAAAAGUUUAAAAUUAGAGCAUUGAAGGAGAAAACAACAGAAAAAGUUAAAUCUGCUGAUGAAAUUACAAAGAAAUUUGGUCUAGAAGCUGGCCUAUGGAAGAUAUUUAGCUCAAAAGAGGAUGGAGAUGAAGAGAACAAGGAUAAGAAAUCAAAAGGGGAUCAAGCAAAAGAGCUUUUGGCAAAAUAUGGGGGAGCUUAUUUAGCAACUUCAAUUACUCUCUCAUUGAUAUCAUUUGGUCUUUGUUAUGCUCUCAUCAAUUCUGGUGUUGAUGUUCAAUCCUUGCUACAAAAGGUUGGUAUUUCUACUGAUGAGACUGGUGAGAAAGUGGGAACUUUUGCAUUGGCUUAUGCUGCUCACAAAGCUGCAUCACCUAUUAGAUUUCCCCCUACUGUUGCUUUAACACCAAUUGUUGCUAAUUGGAUUGGAAAGAAAGUUGAUAAAGAAAAGUAAAAAACUAGGUUGAUUUUGAACUCAAUGUUGAUAAAGAAAAGUAAAACUAGGUUGAUUUUGAACACAAUUUUGCUGCAGAUGUAAUAUAUGUGUUAGUAAAUACUACAGGUUAAUUAUAUGUACUACUAUUUGAUUGUCAUUGUCAAGUAUAACAACACUGUUGAUAA